UUAAAUAUGAUCACUCUCGAAGUAAUUAUCCUACUCAUCAUAGUCUUCUGUCAAAGUCACAAAUUGAUUACAUUUGGUCUUCAGCUAAAGUGGUUUCUAAUUUUACGUGUUGUGAAGUCUUAGAUGUUGACCCAAUUUUAUCUGACUAUUCACUGGUCAUCUUCAGUGUUGAAAAUUUCUUGGAUAUCAGGAAUAACAAAAGGAAUAUUCCUUCGAAAAAGAUCUAUGAUUAUGAUAAGAUGACUGAUGACAAAUAG